AAAUAAUCCAUAUGGUACGUGACGUAAUCUCUUCCUCAUAACCUCCAUCUUUCAGCAGCGCGCGCGCGUGUGUGUGUGUGUGUGGACAUCUGAGCAGGUGAGAACAUGAAUCAAGAAAAAUUGGCAAAGCUUCAAGCCCAGGUCCGGAUAGGAGGAAAGGGCUCUGCGCGCAGAAAGAAGAAGGUGGUUCACAGAACUGCAACAGCUGAUGACAAAAAGCUGCAGAGUUCACUAAAGAAGUUGGCUGUAAACAAUAUUGCUGGAAUUGAGGAGGUGAACAUGAUCAAGGACGACGGGACUGUGAUCCACUUCAACAACCCCAAAGUGCAGGCCUCUCUGUCCGCCAACACCUUCGCCAUCACGGGCCAUGCCGAGACCAAGCAGCUGACAGAGAUGCUUCCGGGCAUCCUCAGUCAGCUGGGAGCAGACAGCCUCAGCAGCCUGCGCAAACUGGCAGAACAGUUCCCUCGGCAAGCUCUCGACAGCAAGGCUCCAAAGGCAGAGGACAUUGAGGAGGAGGAUGAUGAUGUUCCAGAUCUGGUGGAGAACUUUGACGAAGCCUCAAAGAACGAGGCGAACUGACGGGUUUGUGCGCACUUGAGGACUGGACUGCAGUGAAACGAGAAACCUUCUGUGGUGUUUUUAAGUCUAGUUAUCCAGACAUAUCAGACACUAUCCCCCACAAAAGCAGAGACUUUUAUACUUUACAAUGACCCAAGGAAGUUUGAGUCCGACUGGCUUGUGCGCUUAUAAAAAAAAUACUCGGUUAAAUCCCUUCACCACAUUGUCAGUCAUGGUCAGGAUUACAGUGGUCAUUAAAGCUGGUCUUAAGACUUUUCUUUUUGUUUAUGAAACAAAAUAAAAGUGAUUUAACAUUU